UUGCCAUUCACUCUUUCAAGCAAUAUCCUCUCUCCCUUCCUCUAUCUCAACUUUAACUUUUUCACCACCUCCCAAGAACAUUUUUUUAAUUAAUUAUUCUAUCCGAGCCUUAGCUGAAAAGCAAGUGCUAAUUCAAAUGUCUGCAGCAUAGUAGAGAUAGAAAGAGAAGGGGAGAGUGGGGGAGAGAGAGAAGAAGUCUUGCAUAUAUCUUCUUAUAUUGUUAGGGUUGAGACACCACAAGACAAAACCUUUUCUCUUGGUUUUUCCCUUAACCACAAUUGUAAUAGCUCUCUUUGUUGACCCUUUUGCUUUGUAUAACUAGCUACGUUGAGUAAACUCGAGUGAUAUGUUAGAGAAGAUCAUGGCAACAGAAGAAGCAAUAACAAGUAGUAACAAUGGUUUUGUUGAAAACCCUGUUGGUGGAUCCAAUCCUCCUGCUCUAAAGAAGAAGAGAAACCUCCCAGGAACUCCAGAUCCUGAAGCAGAAGUCAUAGCUUUAUCACCAAAAACUCUCAUGGCCACCAACAGAUUCUUGUGUGAAAUAUGCGGUAAAGGGUUUCAGAGAGAUCAAAACCUACAACUCCAUAGGAGAGGACACAACCUUCCAUGGAAGCUCAAGCAAAGGACUAACAAAGAAGUAAAAAAACGUGUUUAUGUCUGCCCUGAAAAGACCUGUGUCCAUCAUCAUCCUUCUAGGGCUCUUGGAGACUUAACAGGUAUAAAGAAGCACUUUUGUAGGAAGCAUGGAGAGAAGAAGUGGAAGUGUGAAAAAUGUUCAAAAAGAUACGCUGUGCAAUCAGAUUGGAAAGCGCACUCAAAGACUUGUGGCACUAGGGAGUACAAAUGUGACUGUGGGACUCUAUUUUCAAGGAGAGAUAGCUUCAUCACUCACAGGGCCUUCUGUGAUGCCUUAGCAGAGGAAACAGCAAGAGUAAAUGCAGUAUCUAGCAUAAACAACUUGACUGCUGGGAGCAUCAAUUAUCAUCUGAUGGGGAAUCCAUUAGGGCCUAACAUGGCACAACAUUUCUCUUCAAUUUUCAAGCCAAUUUCAAGCAAUGAUCACCAAACAAGACAGGGAGGAGUUUCCUUGUGGAUGAACCAAGGAGUACCCCAAGUGAGUGAAGCAUUAAUGGGCAAUAACAUUCAAGAGAUUCAUCAACUUCGCUCUGCGAAUAGUUCAGGAGCUAUGUUUGGUGACCUUCUUGCUGUUUCAUGCUCACAUGCUCCACCAUCUGAUCAUUAUCAGUUCAAUUGGCCAGUUUUUGGAAAUAAGAUCUCUUCAAAUAAUGCUCACGAGGAGCUGACAAGCACUUUAGUACUUCCUUUAACCAACGUUAAGGAAGCAGCUGCUGCAAGUCAGCUAGCAAGUGUUCCUUCAUUGUAUAGCACCCAACAACAGCAGUCCCAUCAAACAACUUCGGCCAACAUGUCAGCCACUGCUUUGCUGCAAAAAGCUGCUCAGAUCGGUGCAACUUCAACUGAUCCAUCAUUCCUUGGAAGUUUUGCGCUAAAGAGCAAUGCUAAAAAAGUUCAAGAUGGGAACAAGUUCUGUGGACUAUAUGGUUCAAGCCCUGUAAGCACUAAUCCAGCAAGCGACGUGGAGAACUCGGGAAGUGAUCAGAUCUCCUCUUUGAAUCAGCUUCAAAUGUACCCUAAAAGGCAGAAAAUAUUUCAAAGUGAUCAAGAUAGUCCUGCAGGAGGGCAAACUAGAGACUUUCUUGGUGUUGGUGUACAAGCCAUAUGCCACCCAUCAUCUAUCAAUGGCUGGAUUUAAACUUCAUAUAUGGGAUGACAUCAGUUUCUUAAUGGGAAGUAAAUUUGACAAUAAAAUGGAUCAGAAAAGAGAAGUAUUUGAGAUUUUAGUAAUGGGAAACUUUGCAGGAAGGAAAAGGUGGCAUUCAUGAGUGCUUGAUGGAGGGCUAAAAGGUUAUGCUUAGAAAACUAUUGAAGAGUAGUUGUUGAAGGAAGGAGAUCCAUGCAUAUUCUGUUGAACCCUAAAAGCUGAUCCCUUUAACAUGAUGGCCUUUAUUUUUUUGGGAAAAAAGAAAGGGAGGGCUAUAGUAGUGGGAGCAAAGCAAGAGUACUAUACACCUUUUGAGCUCCAUUAUUGCCUUGUUUCGCACUGUUGUGAGGGUAUUUCCAAUGGCAAAAGGCUUCAUAAUUUCUCGUAAAAGUAGGGUUUUAUAUAAAUAUUAGCUUAUUGUCUAAAUAAAUUAAUGUAGCUUUUCUAUCAGCAAAUUAAUUAAGUACUAUGCAUAACUGUAUUAUAUAGUAUAACAAGAGAUUAUCUUAUAUUUUUCAAGCAGAAA